AUGAUUCCAAAACCAAGACUCAACGUUCAAAACUUUCCACGUCCACCUCUCCUUGAGAAAACAUCUCGUCAUCUCGUUAUAAGAUAUCGAGGUCAAACCAUUGCUGAAACAAGUGAUGCAUAUUGGGUUUUGGAAACAUAUCAUUCGCCCACAUACUACCUCCCCGCCACAUCCCUAUCCCCAAAGUUUCCUCUAACCCCCACCAACAAAUCCACCUUUUGUGAAUACAAAGGAUGGGCCACAUACUACUCGAUCUCAUUACCUGCACCUUUCUCUCCUUCUCCUGCCUCUUCUUGUCCUUUUGAAGACCAACUAAAAUCAUCUGAGCCACGAAAGCAUGAAAUAGCCAAUAGAAUAUGGUCAUACGAAUCUCCUACACCUCAGUAUGCUGAUUUGAAAGGUUAUUUGAGUUUCUAUGCUGGACCAUGGGAUUGUUAUGUGGAUGGAGAGAAAGUUAUACCGCAACCUGGAGACUUUUAUGGUGGUUGGACUACGAGUGAGCUCGAUGGCAUCAUUAAAGGGAGUGCCGAGACAAGAUGGAUGUGA